GCUUCAAUCCCCAGUCUUCUCCCCAGUAGUGGUGAGCGGCAAGAUGAAGCUCGCCCAUCUUCUGCCCUACUUGGCCUGUCUUUCUUUUGUUGCUGCUGGAGUGAACGAACGUCACGCAAACGAAGAUUCGACAUCGGUGCAGACUAGUGAUACAGUCCCGGCGACAAUAUCUUCCACCACCACGGGUGAUGUGGAAUCCAGGGAUGAGGAUGGCACCAACGAGACUGGCUUCGCAGAUUCGAACAGCGGGACGGAUACAGAGGCAGGAGCUUCAGGCUCACAAGCAGGAUCUUUCAGUCUUUCGAGAGGCGGACUGGUCGCAAUCAUCGUUGUGGUUGCUUUCGUAGCCAUAUUGGGAGUCGCCUCGACUGUACUCUUCGUGCUAGCCAAGCGACGAUCAUGGAAUAUCAGGCAGUCUCUGAAGCGUGCAUCCCGUCGGUUCACAGGACGUGCCACACGGGACGCUACGCGAGAUAGACAGUCCAAGCGGGCAGGAUUGCAAAUGAGCAGGAUACCUGCGCAACGAAUCCAUACAAAAAGAGGAAUGGCCGUGCAGGUAGACGACGUCGAGAAAGGAUCGAUGAAUAUAUCAAAGGGAACCUCGAAGGCUGUUCCACAGGAAGCCAGCAAGACGCAGUCGAAAAGCAAAUGGUCGGAGAAAUUGUGGAGCAACGAUUGGCAGAAGUGAUAAGGGUGUCCGAGGCAAUACGUUUAUUGUAAUAGAUAAGAACCGAGUCUUGAGCUUUGUUGACUUGGAUCAAUCCUCCAUUAUGUCUGCCG